CUGAUACCAACAAAAGCUACUACAGUAAACAGUAGAACCAACAAAACAGCAAAAACCGCGACAACAACUACUGCUAUUCAUUCCGCUUGUUCUAGUGAGGAUGGCUUACGCAAAGGUACAGCAAUAACACCAUGGUACUCUGGACAAAACAAAUUUGCCACUCAAGCUGGCACCGGUGGCUUCCUCAAAGUACGUGAUGUUCUGCCCCAUUCAAAGGGUGGAAAAGAAAUUGAUGAGGCACAGAAAAUCAAAUCAGAAGGUGUAGUACCAUUGCAAGCAGGUACCAACAGGCUUGCUUCGCAGAAAGGUAUGACUGGAUUUGGUACACCAAGGAAUGUUCUGCAGAAACAGGGAUGGAAAAGAGAAUGGAUUGAAGAGUACGAAACGGCUUUGCGUGAAUUUGAAGAAACACGACCGCCUGGGUCAGCAUCAGCUACAGAUUCAUCCUGUCAUUUCAAGCAGCGAUUCGAGGAGAAACGUGGAAAUGAUACUAGUAAAAGUAUAACAGUUCAAAACAGUGGCAGAAUUGCUGUAGCGAACAGCACUGAAUUUGAGGUAAAGUUCUGGAACUUUAAAAAAUUCGAUAAUAAGCUGCCAGUUGGUUAA